CGCAUGCUCAGUCCAUUGCUAAGGAAGAAAGGGGAAAAUGUCUCUAGCGAGCUUUUUACCGGCGCCGACCCAGCUGUCUCAGGACCAGUUAGAGGCAGAGGAGAAGCUUCGGGCCCAGAAGUGCUACUCCACAGCCCUGGUCUCGUCCCGCAGAGAGCCCCCUCCUUAUGGACAAAGAAAAGGCUUGGUGCCUCGUUCACUUGAGGACUUUGGAGAUGGAGGAUCUUUCCCAGAGAUCCACGUGGCCCAGUUUCCUCUGGAGAUGGGUCGGAAGAAGAAGACAUCCAACGCCCUCGCGGUGCAGGUGGAUGCAGAAGGAAAGAUCAAAUAUGACGCCAUCGCGAGAGCAGGACAGGGCAAGGAUAAGGUUAUCUUCAGUAAGUACACAGACCUUCUUCCAAAGGAAGUUCUGCAUGAGGAUACUCCAGAACUGCAGAAGCCUGAUGAGGAGGCUGUAAAAGAGCUGACGGAGAAGACCCGCAUGGCCCUGGAUAAGCAGGUGUCUCAAAAGAUCGCUGCUGCCAUGCCUGUAAGAGCUGCAGACAAACAGGCCCCUGCACAGUACAUCAGAUACACCCCAUCCCAGCAGGGAGUGGCUUUCAACUCAGGGGCCAAACAGAGGGUGAUCCGCAUGGUGGAGAUGCAGAAAGAUCCAAUGGAACCUCCACGUUUCAAGAUCAACAAGAAGAUUCCCAGAGGACCUCCUUCCCCCCCUGCCCCUGUCAUGCACUCCCCAAGCAGAAAGAUGACAGUCAAGGAGCAGCAGGAGUGGAAGAUUCCUCCAUGUAUCUCCAACUGGAAAAACGCUAAGGGCUACACCAUUCCUCUUGACAAACGUCUGGCGGCUGAUGGCAGGGGGCUGCAGACGGUUCAUAUCAACGAAAACUUUGCUAAGCUGGCUGAGGCGCUCUACAUCGCCGACAGAAAGGCCAGAGAAGCAGUGGAGAUGAGAGCCCAGGUGGAGAAGAAGAUGGCCCAGAAGGAGAAGGAAAAGAAGGAGGAGAAACUCAGGGAACUGGCCCAAAUGGCUCGAGACCGCAGGGCGGGGAUCAAAAGUCACGGGGACAAAGCAGGUGGCGAGGACAGCGAGGUCAGGGAGCGUGACGAGAUCCGCCACGACAGAAGGAAAGAGAGACAGCACGACAGGAACAUUUCCAGGGCCGCUCCUGAUAAGAGGUGCUGGACACACACUUUAAACACACCCCCCUCCUCCAUCUCUCAGUACACACACACACACACACACACUUGUCUCACUGCUGAAUCAUUCAUCGGCCCAGCCGUUAUACCGAACAAACGCAGCCAGAUCCAACAGAGCACUCUGACAGUAGUCCAUGUUUGAUUGUGUAUGCAGGAC